AUGGUGUCGUUGGUGAAAGCAAGGGGUCUGCGCAUGACAGCGCAAAAGCAAGAAACACUGUUGAAAUUGACUGUGCUCUCUUUAGCAGCAAUCUUAUCAUUUGCAACACGUUUGUUCUCAGUAUUAAGAUUUGAAAGUGUCAUCCACGAAUUCGAUCCAUACUUCAAUUAUCGCACAACAAAAUAUUUAGCCGAAAAUGGCUUCUACAGCUUUCAUAAUUGGUUUGAUGAUCGUGUCUGGUAUCCACUUGGCAGGAUAAUAGGAGGAACCAUAUAUCCUGGAUUAAUGAUAACUUCUGCAGCACUGUACCGUCUCUCGUGGUUGCUGAACAUCACACUGGAAAUACGUAACAUUUGUGUCUUCCUUGCUCCAUUGUUCUCAAGUUUAACUACGAUCAUUACUUAUCUGCUUACCAAAGAGUUGAAGGAUUCCGCGUCAGGCCUAUUCGCGGCCGCAAUGAUCGCUAUUGUACCCGGUUACAUAUCUCGAUCGGUCGCAGGAUCGUACGACAAUGAAGGCAUAGCGAUCUUUUGCAUGUUAUUCACGUAUUACAUGUGGAUCAAAGCCGUGAAAACGGGAGCGAUAUGUUGGGCUACGUGUUCUGCACUGGCGUACUUCUACAUGGUGUCCUCGUGGGGAGGAUACGUCUUUUUGAUCAAUUUGAUACCGUUACAUGUGCUGACCUUGAUGGUGACUGGCCGGUUUUCCCACAGGAUAUACAUUGCGUACAGUAUCUUGUAUUGUUUAGGCACAAUUCUAUCUAUGCAGAUAUCGUUUGUUGGCUUUCAACCCGUUCAAAGCUCCGAGCAUAUGCUUGCACUGGGCGUUUUUGGCCUCUGCCAAAUACACGCGCUAGUAGAUUAUUUGCGGAGUAAGCUGUCACAAAAGGAGUUUGAAGUGUUGUUCCGUGCUCUUGUCAUAGUAGUGGUUACUAUGUCGUGCACAGUUGGUGGUAUCUUGACCAUUACAGGGAAAAUAUCGCCGUGGACCGGACGCUUUUACUCGCUGCUUGAUCCAUCUUAUGCAAAAAAUCACAUUCCAAUAAUCGCUUCCGUUUCGGAACAUCAGCCAACAUCAUGGAGCUCCUUCUACUUUGACCUGCAGAUACUUGUCUUUUUGUUCCCAUCAGGCUUAUAUUUCUGUUUUUCUAAGUUAACGGACUCGAACAUUUUCCUUAUUUUGUAUGGAGUUACCAGUUUAUAUUUUGCAGGAGUGAUGGUACGUUUGAUGCUGGUACUCGCUCCAGUAAUGUGCAUUUUGGGUGGAAUUGGAGCGUCCUCUCUGCUGGUUACGUAUAUGAAGCAAGUUGAAGGUUCCAAGGUUACCGACAAGAAAGCCAAGAAGUUCGAAAGUAACUACGUCUUGAGGAGUGAGAUCGCCACGUUUUUCAUCACAGUCAUGUGUGUACUCUUCUUCUCUUAUACCCUUCAUUGCACGUGGGUUACAGCGGAAGCUUACAGCUCACCCAGCAUCGUAUUGUCCGCACGAUCGCCUGACGGUGGACGAAUGAUCUUCGACGAUUUCAGGGAAGCGUAUUAUUGGCUACGCAUGAAUACGCCCGAGAACGCUAAAGUAAUGUCUUGGUGGGACUACGGCUAUCAGAUAACCGCAAUGGCGAAUCGUACUAUCCUAGUAGACAAUAACACGUGGAAUAAUACGCACAUAUCAAGAGUCGGACAGGCGAUGGCGAGUUCCGAGGAAAAGGCUUACGAGAUAAUGAGGGAAUUGGAUGUUAACUAUGUCCUCGUGAUUUUUGGUGGACUCACUGGAUACUCAUCGGAUGAUAUAAACAAGUUCCUAUGGAUGGUGCGCAUCGGUGGCAGUACGGAGAAGGGGAAAUCUAUAACCGAGUGGAAUUACUACAACUCCGCGGGCGAAUUUCGAGUGGACAAAGAGGGAUCUCCAGUUUUGCUCAACUGUCUCAUGUACAAAAUGUGCUACUACAGAUUCGGCCAGAUCUACACAGAAGGCGGUAAGCCGUCGGGCUACGACAGAGUUCGAAAUAUGGAGAUCGGGAAUAAGGACUUCGAGCUGGACACGCUGGAAGAGGCGUACACCACAGAGCAUUGGCUCGUGCGAAUCUAUAAAGUGAAGGAUCUACGAAACAGAGGGGCUUAAGAGCACUCAACCGAGAUUCGUAUCGUUAAAAGGUUUAUUAUACGUUACAACGUGUCUUCUUUCUCUCUUUUUUACAUUUAUAUUCACUUGCGCACGAGUUCCGCGAUGGGCACGCGCUUGUGUGGCGUGUUCAUCCCGAUAUAAUCCAGUGUAACCGAAAUUUUUCUAGAUAAAAUCUCGCCGUGAACAUACGAACAACGAUAUUAAAUAUAAAUACUGCUAUAUACAGUUUAUCGGAAUUCCGGCGUUUAGCGUGCAUCCCUCUCCCCGGCAUUGUAUCUCGAUUAAAGUCAUGACGUUCGACACAUGACUAAUUAAUUAGGGGUGACAUAAUUGUUUACGGACACUCGCGUAGAUUUUCAAUAUAGGUAAAAAGGAUCGUUUGUGUGACAGACAUGCACGUCGCAUCCAAUGCGCUAGUGUUGAACAGUUCUAUUAACGAAAGCAUCUUUAUUCGCCGAAAUCGUGUCGUAAAUAAAUAUUUCAUCGGGUUUACAUUAUAUUACGCUAUUGCUUGUGGUGACACGAGGCGUGUUCACACGAGUGUGUUUAAGUUGGUACUAAGACGUCAAAUAAAUGCGAGACUAUCUUAUAGGUGGAUUAACGUACAUUACAGCCUAAAUAUAAUGAAAUUCGAACGAAGCAGUGCAAUUAGAUUGCAUUGCGCUUAGGCCACACGAGAUGUAUAAAUAUGGAAAUGAAUGCGAGUAGGAGAGCAUGCGUUUUAUAUUUUUUAUUCUAUAUAUAUAUUUAACAGAUUGUAAACCCUUAAAACUUAAGGAUUAGGAAAUACUUGAAUAAAUGUCUUUUAUUUCGAGGCUAA